CCCAAAAAAAAAAACAUAUCAUGCGAUGCCCCCACCGAAACGUUCAAAUCCAGCGCGUCAUGGCGAUCUCCGAUCCCUCGAUUUCCCCAAAUUAGGGUUCGAAAACCCUCGGAUCUCUUCGAUUUAGCUCGUAUUGGUCUCUGUGCUCUCUAAUUCAGCUUAGGUUUUCGGGAUCGGAAGUAGUUUUUCGGUUUUUUGUUGGUUUUGUUGGAGUUUGAGAGAGGUUGCAUUGAUGGAUCCGCGAGGAAGGUUUCCUCCUGGAAUGGGGAAUGGGCGGGGAGCAAAUCAGGGCCAAAACCCUAAUUUUUAUGGCAGGAUCGCUCCUCAGCAGCAUUUGCAGCAUCAGCAGCAGUAUGUGCAGAAGAAUCCGGCUCAGAACCAGCAGUACCAGAGCCUCCAGCAGCUGCAACAGCAACAGCAGCAGCAAUGGCUGAGGAGGAAUCAAAUGGGUGAGGAUUCGGGUAGGAAUGAACCAGCAAAGUCCGUUCAGUCUGAUGCGAUUGAUGCGAGUUCUCAGGAUUGGAAGGCUCAGUUGAAAAUUCCACCACGGGACACACGGUACAAGACAGAGGAUGUUACUGCAACAAAGGGUAAUGAAUUUGAAGAUUAUUUUUUGAAACGUGAGUUGCUUAUGGGAAUAUAUGAGAAGGGAUUUGAAAGACCAUCUCCUAUUCAAGAAGAAAGCAUUCCAAUUGCAUUGACCGGGAGUGACAUACUUGCAAGAGCUAAAAAUGGCACUGGGAAGACAGCUGCAUUUUGCAUCCCUGCUUUGGAAAAAAUUGAUCAAGAUAACAAUGUUAUUCAAGUUGUCAUAUUGGUUCCAACUAGAGAAUUGGCUCUCCAAACAUCUCAAGUAUGCAAAGAGCUUGGCAAACACUUACAGGUUCAGGUCAUGGUCACUACUGGAGGAACAAGCUUGAAGGACGACAUCAUGCGUUUGUAUCAACCUGUUCAUUUACUUGUGGGGACACCGGGACGCAUUCUUGAUCUUGCAAAAAAAGGUGUUUGUGUGCUGAAAGAUUGUUCCAUGCUUAUAAUGGAUGAGGCAGACAAGCUCUUGUCUCCAGAAUUUCAGCCUUCAAUAGAGCAGCUGAUUCGCUUUCUUCCAGCAAGCCGGCAGGUUUUAAUGUUUUCGGCAACAUUUCCUGUAACUGUGAAGGAAUUCAAAGACAAAUAUCUACCAAAGCCUUACGUGAUUAAUCUUAUGGAUGAGCUUACCCUUAAGGGUAUAACACAAUACUAUGCUUUUGUAGAAGAAAGGCAAAAAGUUCACUGUCUAAAUACCCUUUUCUCAAAGCUUCAAAUUAAUCAGUCUAUUAUAUUUUGUAAUUCGGUUAACCGGGUGGAAUUGUUGGCAAAGAAGAUUACAGAACUUGGUUAUUCGUGCUUUUACAUUCAUGCCAAGAUGUUGCAAGAUCACCGGAAUAGAGUCUUCCAUGAUUUCCGUAAUGGGGCAUGCAGAAAUCUUGUGUGCACAGAUCUGUUUACUCGAGGGAUUGACAUACAAGCUGUUAAUGUUGUCAUCAACUUUGAUUUUCCAAAGAAUGCAGAAACAUAUCUUCACAGGGUUGGUCGAUCAGGGAGGUUUGGCCAUCUUGGUUUAGCAGUGAACCUGAUCACUUACGAAGAUCGUUUCAACUUGUAUAGGAUCGAGCAAGAACUUGGAACAGAGAUCAAGCAAAUCCCUCCACAGAUUGACCAGGCUAUUUACUGCAGGUGAUACAUUCGGUAAUAGCAUCAUGAAUAAAUUCGAGGACCUUCCUACCUGUAAAUAUCUGUUUAUCGGGUUGUCGCAAUCAUGUUGCCCCGGGGCAUUUGAUCAAACAAGGUACAACAUGCAACUCGUUAUGUGGACCCUUUAAAUGUCGAUUUAUGCUGUCGGCUUUCCCUUAAGUCUGAUAUUAGAUGUCUUUCUUCAUAUUCGACGUAGGGAAUCUUUAGCUUAAGACUGUUUUAAUGCUUUUUCCAGCCAAGGAAUUGUUUGUACUGAAUCAACAUCUUUAAUUGUGAGGUGCUUUUUCUAUCCAAGAUACCUUCUGAUGUUUGCUUAAGCCA